UGCGCGUGCGCCGUGUGCGGCGGCGGCGGAGCGCGCGGUGGGUGGCGGCUCCGGUGGCGGGGCUGCGGCCCCGGUGUUUGCCCCGGCCUCAGACAGUAUUCUCAUGAACAGUCAGUGACAUCAGAGCAAUUGGCAGAGUUGCGGAAAAAAAAUGACCUUUUCAUGAACUUCUACAAAGAAUGCAAAUGAGCCUAGUGUGACCUUCAAUGCUUUUGUCCAUGAGAACUCCUAGAGAAGAUGGCUGAUGUAAGCCUGAAGGAAGCAGCACUAAUAGUUGGUGUGGUGGCAGCUUGCUACUGGAACAGUCUCUUUUGUGGGUUUGUUUUUGAUGACGUUUCCGCGAUUUUGGACAAUAAAGAUUUGCAUCCUUCUACUCCGUUAAAAAAUCUGUUUCAGAAUGACUUUUGGGGCACUCCAAUGUCUGAGGAGCGGAGUCAUAAAUCUUAUCGUCCCCUCACAGUUCUAACAUUUCGCUUAAACUACUUGUUCAGCGAGUUAAAUGCAGUUUCUUACCACUUUCUAAAUCUGGUCUUUCAUGUGGUGGUUUGCAUAGUCUUCCUCAAGGUCUGUAAGCUCUUCCUGGACAACAGGAGCAGCAUAGUUGCAUCCUUGCUCUUCGCAGUGCACCCAAUACAUACUGAAGCGGUGACUGGAGUUGUGGGCAGAGCAGAGCUUUUAUCAUCUAUUUUUUUCCUAGCUGCUUUUUUGUCAUACACAAAGUCUAAAGGGCCAGAUAAUACCAUAGUGUGGACUCCAAUUGCAGUGACUGUGUUUCUAGUAGCUGUUGCAACACUAUGUAAAGAACAAGGAAUAACAGUGGUGGGGAUAUGCUGUGUGUAUGAAGUAUUUAUUGCUCAAGGGUACACCUUGCCAGCAUUGUUGGACACAGCUGUACAGAUUCUUCGAGGGAAGGGCAGUAUUCCUUUCUCUAUGCUCCAAACACUGUUGAAGCUCAUAGUCCUAAUGUUCAGUACGUUGCUGCUUGUAGUUGUCAGAGUCCAGAUUAUCCAGUCUCAGCUUCCAGUAUUUACAAGGUUUGAUAACCCAGCUGCUGUUAGUCCAUCCCCAGCAAGACAGCUGACUUUCAACUACCUCCUUCCUGUAAAUGCUUGGCUUCUUCUCAAUCCCUCAGAAUUAUGCUGUGACUGGACAAUGGGAACUAUUCCUCUUGUGGAGUCUUUGUUAGAUGUUAGAAAUGUUGCCACCCUUACCUUCUUUUGCUUUCUGGGAUCUUUGAUGGUCUUCAGUCUCCGAUACCCUGGGGAUUCCUCCAAGACAGUAUUGAUGGCACUCUGCUUAAUAGUGUUACCAUUCAUUCCUGCGUCAAACCUGUUUUUUCCUGUUGGAUUCGUAGUAGCAGAACGAGUGUUGUAUGUUCCUAGCAUGGGAUUCUGCAUUUUAGUAGCACAUGGAUGGAAGAAAUUAUCAACUAAAAGCGUGCUAAGAAAAAUUUCUUGGGUUUGUUUGGCUGCGGUGCUAUUCACUCAUGCCUUAAAAACACUGCACAGAAACUGGGAUUGGGAGUCGGAGUACACUUUGUUUAUGUCUGCUUUAAAGGUAAAUAAGAACAAUGCAAAACUAUGGAACAAUGUGGGGCAUGCAUUAGAAAAUGAAAAAAAUUUUGAAAGAGCCCUGCAGUUUUUCAUACAGGCCACACAAGUGCAACCAGAUGAUAUUGGUGCCCACAUGAAUGUAGGAAGAACUUACAAGAACCUAAACAAAACUAAAGAAGCUGAAGAAUCAUAUAUGAUUGCUAAAUCAUUGAUGCCACAGAUUAUUCCAGGGAAAAAGUAUGCAGCAAGAGUUGCUCCUAACCAUCUAAAUGUUUAUAUCAAUCUCGCAAACUUAAUUCGAGCAAACGAAUCUCGCCUUGAAGAAGCGGAUCAGUUAUAUCGACAAGCAAUUAGUAUGAGGCCAGAUUUCAAGCAGGCUUACAUCAGCAGGGGAGAAUUACUUCUAAAAAUGAACAAACCUCUGAAAGCUAAGGAAGCUUACCUUAGAGCUCUAGAACUAGACAGAACCAAUGCAGACCUGUGGUACAACUUGGCAAUUGUUUACAUUGAACUGAAAGAUCCAGCAGAAGCCCUGAAAAAUUUCAACCGAGCACUAGAACUCAACCCAACACAUAAACUGGCGUUAUUCAACUCAGCACUGCUAAUGCAGGAAUCUGGUGAUGCUCGACUUAGACCUGAAGCUAAACAAAGACUACUACAUUAUGUGAAAGAAGAACCACAGGAUUCAAAUGGGUACUUCAAUUUGGGUAUGCUAGCAAUGGAUGACAAAAAAGACAUGGAAGCAGAGGCAUGGAUGAAGAAGGCCAUAAGGUUACAGCCAAACUUCCGAAGUGCUUUGUUCAAUUUGGCCCUGCUUUAUUCUCAGACAGGAAAAGAAUUGAUGGCUUUGCCCGUCUUGGAAGACCUACUGAGAUACUACCCUGAUCAUACCAAAGGUCUAAUUUUGAAAGGAGAUAUCCUUAUGAACCAAAAGAAGGAUAUUGUUGGAGCAAAAAUGUGUUUUGAAAAAAUUUUGGAACUGGAUCCCAACAAUGUACAAGGAAAACAUAAUCUUUGUGUGGUUUAUUUUGAAGAAAGAGAUUUAAUAAAGGCAGAAAAAUGUCUGGUUGAAACACUAGCACUGGCACCUCAUGAAGAGUAUAUUCAGCGUCAUCUAAACAUAGUUAGAAGUAAAAUUGCAUCACUCAGUGCUAUGGAACAGUCAUCACUUCCAUCAGAUGGGAAUGCAGCUACAGAAGCAAAAAAAAGUUCAUUUCAGAAUUUGAAAGAAGCAAAAAGUGAGAAGACAACCACCCAAUCAACAGCUGAUAACAAGAGCGAGCGCUCAAAAAAUAAGAAACCAACAGAGAAAAGCAGUGUGGACAAAGACACUCCCAAAAAAUCUACAAAAGAAAUCAAAGACAUUGAGAAAAAAAGAGUUGCUGCAUUGAAAAGACUAGAAGAAAUUGAACGUAUAUUAAAUGGUGAAUAGUCUUUACCAUGUCACAAAAGAAUAAGGGGAGAAUACUAUUUUUAGUUAUUGUUUAAUUUGUGAGCCAACUGGAAAGUGUUCUCAGUGCUUUGAAAAUAGAAAUAAUGUUGACUGCAUAUCACUUAUCAAGCAGCAAAAGGCAUUACAAUGCUGUAUGUGAGAAAACCACAACUUUUAAAUAUGAUGGAGGGAUGGGUGGGAACUGAAGGAUAAAAGGUUGAGAAAAAUCUUCCGUGCAGAAUCCUAAAUAGUGAGAAACUAGCACUCAUAAAAAUCGUUGGUAGUCAGGGAUAUUAAUGCUACUUUCAAAGACUCAGUGGAAAAACUGAAUGGUGAAUUACUGGGAUAAGCCAGACACUGUUUCUUUCCCCCAGCAAAUCUGUAUUGUCAUUAUCUACAUUUCAGUUUACACAUCGGCUGAAAUUUUUCUAGACCUCUGCUAUACAAGAAAAACAGUUUGUAUUUGCAUUAUUUGUUUCCAGAACUUAACAAAGUCAUCAAAAUGCCACUGGAUGUAGUAUAGGGGGAUGCAACUACACACUAAAAUUUUCAGUUGCAUUCUAAAUAUGGAAUGAUACUAACUUUUAGAUGUUCUUUACUUACAAUGCUAAUGGUUUGUACUCUUUUACCUGGUAAGAAAUCUUCCGGUGCUCUUAAGAUCUUUAGACUCUGCUUUUUAUUUUUAAGGAAAUGUGUGGGGUUUCUUCAACUGUCAAUCAUCUGGUUGUUCUUAAAAAUUGUAUUAAAAAGGGUGGUUUUGUCACUUCCUCCCCAGUUCAUUGAAUGCUGAGAAAUGCACUUUGGUACAGUAACCAGUAUGCUAUGCAGUAGUCUUUGUUGACUUUAUGUCAACGGCUGUGGAUUGACUCAGUGGUGUAGUGAAUUCUUCCUUGUUUAUAGCAAUCUGGUUUUACUAUUUCUGUCAUUGAAACAGUAUUUCUAUUCUCAUUACUUUUUACAACACUAAUAUAAGCAAUGUUUGCUCAAGGCAGUGCGAUAAUAAUUAAGCCACUGAAUUUAGUCGUGUUUAACACAAGGCAAUGUAGGUAGUAUCCUUUCAAAUACUAAGUUCUGUUGUUUUGAUACUUUGUCUUGGGUGUGUGGUUUUUAUUAAAUAUUUAUUUUGACUACUAAAAUAUUCCCAUUUACACUUUUUCACUAAUGCAUCAUUUUAAUUUCUUACAGGAAAUGAAAAUCUUUGCAAUUUCAAUAUUGCUUUUAUCCUUGUGCAAUGCAUAUAUUUUUGUUUAAAUAUGCUACCAAUUACCUAAACCUGAUUUUUUCCUUAAUUCUGAGAAAGAAAAGAAGUGUAAGAGUGGGUUCAGUCAUAAUUUUCACUGAUCAUUAAAUCUCUUACUCUUCAUGUUUUGUCUUAUUUCAUUAUGUGGAAGUAUUCCUUAACAGCUCUGCCAUUCAAACUUAGUCCUUUCUGUACCUGCUCAACUUGCUGUCUUAGGCAGUAAUCCAGCUGUAAGAUGUAAUAAUUAUCUCUGUGGGAGAGAUCUUAAAUAGGUAAUGGGCUUCCUUGCACAGACCUUUUCUUUAUUAUGUUUCAUUCUGAAUAUUAGCACAACAAUUGCUUACAUGGUAAUAACUUGGUGGGGAGGGGAAGUGUGUUUUAGAAAGCAUGAUUUACAAGCAGCUGACAGAACAAGUAUGUGGUGUGCGGCUAUUCUUCAUAGAAAAAAUACUUAAGUGCUACUUGCAGAGAAGUGCUCACAGGAAUCUGUUGACCGCACCUUGAAAAUCACUUGUCUGUCAAUAACUCAGAUACUUGUACCUAAAAUAGCUGGUAUGUUGUCUUUUAUAGAAACUUUAACUUGCAUAUUAAGUCUUCCUCCAAACCUUUGCUUUACAAAAGGAUUAACCAUUGUUCUGGGCAAGAUGAAGGAACAUUCAUUUGAAAGUGGCAGGAGCUAAGUAGUAUGAAAAGGUACUUUCUGAUAGAGAAGGUCAGGAUUCUCCUCUCUUCUAUAUGAAGAGCUCUUUAAUUGCCAUUGCACACCAUUUUUAUUUGGUCUGUAAAUUGAAGAGGCAAGUAAAGGCGCAGUCUCGAUCUCUGCAUCUGAGCCUCUGUCAUGUCUUAUCUUGACCGUCCAAGCAGCUCUUCACGGACUACCAAGAGCUGUUAGAUUUAUUGAUGCUAAGAAGUGCCAUCUGGUUUAACUAAAAUCAUCAGACAAAUGUAAACUGAAGGUUGCUGGAUGUCUUUCAGUCUGUUCUAUUCCCCUUUUGUCUCUCUUAAAGAAAAUUUAGUAAAAAACAAGUAUUUUGACUAACAAGUUCUAUUUAUCCUGUUAGGAUGUGUCAGCCAUUUUAAAAUUAACCUUUAACAAGAAAAAUGGUUUAGUAAAUGGAAGUGACAUAACAUGUGAAAAAUUAUCAAAAUAGCAUUUGCGUAUAGGAAAACUAUCAAAAAGAGAAUAAUUUUGGUUUUGUCUGCUUGCAGGUAGAACAAAAUAAUUGACAGGUAUUUUCCCACUUCCAGUUCAACUUAUCUUUUCUCUUCUUCCUGCCAUCGUCAUGUGCAAAACACAUUAAUAUCCCCUUUCAGAAUUCCCUAAUUUCACUAACAUGCAAGAACUAGGAAUUUCUGAGAGUGGGACAGGCAUACUAAAAUAAUUUUUAGCCCUCUAAUCAUACAGUGCAAUUGCUGUGAUUGCUGAAAAAAUGUGAACAGAUGUGUUAUAUCAUCUUUGCAUCCAUACACAAAAUUUUUUCCAGCUUACACAUACAGCUGCAGAGUAAGCAUUUUAAGUAUGACAUGUAUUUGUGCAUGUGAUUUCAGUACAGUCUCAUGCAUUUGUCAGAUUGUUCUUCAGAUCUUUUGCAGGGGAGUAUAUGCAUAGAGAGACUCAUAAACAUACAGAUUAAUUGGAUAUGCAUGCAUAUAGUUGGAACACUUGGAUACCUAGAGGUAGUGCAGUUGCAGAGGGACAACAUGUGCAAUUGUAGACUAAACUUAGAAUAUACAAUCUUUUUGUCUGUUUUGCACAGAAACCUAGGAUUUAAUUGCAAGUAUUCUUUAUUUUCAAAGUAUUCUUUGCAUUACAACCAGUUAAAAACAUGAUCAGUCAUAUCUCAUUUCUUUUUUUGUCUGUUGUUUCUUACCAGCUGGCAGUGAAGUAAUCUAGUAUUGUGAAGGUUAGGAAAAUUUUCCUACAAGUAGGCAUGUAUGUAGAAAAUGUUGGAAAUUGGAGUGGAAAGGAUUAAGUGGGACAGAAAUCCCUUUCAGGGUGCAGUGCAGUUUGUACCUUGAUUAGUCAACACUGAAAGUCAAGCUAGAGUGAACAUACAGGAAGAUUGCUGUGAAGGGAGGGCCUGGGAAUAGGCAACCUCAUGUUUACUGGCACCUCAGAGCAAAGCACUGUCCUGUGAGAAAUACCAAUAUUCUGGGAGAGGAGUAAGCACUCAAUAAGCAACAACUCCUGAAACAUUAUGGCACUGUGCGUGUAGGUUGUCCAGCACAUCUCAGCAGCUUUCUCUUUCUCACAGCUGUUGGGCAAUCCAAGCCCAGGGGGCAUUGAGGGCAGCUCUUCAAGCAGCUACCACUUUGUUGUCAGAGGAGGCUUUUGCACAACCCAGCUGUGCCUUGUAGUUCACAUACCUUUUUCAGGGUCAUGGACCUUUGGGCUGAAAAUGCAGGCAUCUGUCCCUGAAGUUUCUGAUGGAAACUCUAUGAAGAUCAAAGCAGUUCCAGGAAGUUUUUCAGCCAUCCCAGUCUCUUGCAAACUUUGCAUUGCACAGAAGCUCCAGGAAGGGUCCCAGUUUUGAGUGUACAUGUCUGAGCUUUUCCUUGCAAAUUCUAUAAAUCACUUCUGCCUGACACAAUGUCUGGAACUGCAGCAGAACCUGCUGCUCCAGGAAAGUCCUGCCAUGUAACCAAAACUAUGCUUCAACUUUGAGCCUAAGAAUCCUGCUUUGCUUAGAAACCUUGAGAAUGGAAAGGCUGUAAGAUACCUUCCAUCCAUCCUUUGCCUCACUUUCUCUGUGCAGUGUUUCAACUACAGCAAGAACCUGUCCUCCAGACCUCCAACAUAGCUUAUGAGAACAUAACACAUUCCUUCUUGAAAUCAACAUAGCUUAGGAUGUUACAUACAUUACACUGCUACUUUUUGUUUUAAAUAAUCUUAGAUUAUGACAUUAUCUUAGAAUAUGACAUUAUUUUUAUAGCACUGAGUGAAUGGUAGUGUAGUUAAUAUUCUUAGAAAAACUUAAAAAACUGCUUUCUACAGUCUAUUGCCUGUCUACAAACUAGUGGUUCUGCAUGUGGGAUGUGUGGCCCUUUCAAACAGCCAGAAGAAAUCACAUACGCAUAUCAACGAACAAAAGGCAACAAUGACAAAACCAAACCAAAACAGGAAAAG